AUGUCUACUCAACCAAUUCCUACUCUCUACAUCAACAAUCUUAAUGAUAAAAUCAACAAGGAUGAAAUGCGUACUCAACUAUACGCCCUCUUCACCACAUUCGGCAAGGUUAUUGAUGUUAUCGCGUCAAAAGGUCCAAAGAUGAGGGGUCAGGCAUUCCUCGUCUUCACCGAUUUGGCAUCCGCAACUACCGCCAUGAGAGCCUGCGAGGGUAUGGUGUUUUAUGACAAGCCAAUGCGCAUCACCUAUGCGAAAUCUAAAUCAUAUGCUACUUCGCGAAGGGAAGAUCCCCACUUCGUCGCCCCAACAUCUGUUCAUGCAAACCCGGAUCUCGCUGUGCUUGCAAAAGUCACUGUUUCAACUACUGAUAAGCGUCGGCGCGAUGAGGAGCUGGCAGAUGGGCAACCAAAGUCCAAACGCGAAAAGUCAGAGGACGACAGUGAUGGCGAAGAAAUGGAGAUUGAUGAAGAUGAGGAACCCGCUCCACAACUCAAACCUCUAGCCACCAUUCCCCCGCCUACACAACAUCCAUCUGCAAGAUUGUUUUGUACGAAUCUUCCUCAAGAGGUCACGGAUAGUGUACUCUCUGUGUUGUUUCAACAGUACAAGGGUUUUCAAUCAACACACGUCGCACAAUCACCAACUCCAAAUGCUGCUGGCGCAAGCGUGAAGAUGGCACAAGUUUUCUUCGACUCCCCCGAACUCGCAUCAACCGCAAAAGAUGCCCUGGAUGGCUUCACACUAAAAAAGGGCUGGAAGAUGUCUGUAGCCUAUAUUUAA